GGGGAAAGAACAUAAGAAUUUUAUGUAAUUGCUCUCAAAUACUUUUUUGUCAAUGUCUUACAUAUAUUCCUCUGUUAUUUAUGUAUAUAUUAAUGACUAUAUUAUCUACAAAUAAUAAUGUUACAUAUAAUAAAAUAUCUAAUGCACUUAGGUAAAAUUGAGAAAUGCAUGCACAUGUCUCCUACUAUAUAUAUAUAUAUAUUUUUUUUUCACUGAAAUGCAUAUUUAGAAAAAGAAAGAAGCCCACAGAUAGCACAGUGGUCAUUAAUGGGGAGCUGGGAUUUGAACCCACAGCCCCCAAAACCUAGUCUGAGGUCUGAGUGGUGAUGGGAAUCCUUGGUGGGGAUCCUACUUUGCAGCCAGGCAUAGCAGGAGUUUAUUUGGCCAGAGGAUGGAGCUGAGGGGCUGUUCAAAUGCAGGACCUCUCCCCAGAGGGGCUGAUCCACCAGAGAGAGGCCCAGGUGUAGAAUCGGGGUGAUCAGGGGGAUGAGGUGGCCAGUGUGUGCUGACAGGGCGCCUCGCAGGUGGUGGUAGUGGUGAUGAGGUGUGUAGGAGAGCUGGUCCGAGGAUAUGGAGCCAGGAAGCCUUUCGCCUCCCCCUGGCCCCGCUUGGGAAAAAAAUCAAAUAUGGGCAAAAAGCCCCCUGCUCUGGGAAAGCAGAGAGGCCCACUGUACUCCGUCACGCUGGCCUCACUUGAAUAAUGCUUUCAUUCUUCCAGGAAAUAGUGGAAAACCCAGAAUUCAUUCUUGGAGGGGUGACCAGGACUGACAUCUGUCAGGGGGAGCUUGUGGUGGGGCUGGCCCUCAGCCAGCAGCCAGCCAGGGCCUGGGGUCCAUGCCCUUUGCCACCACACCAUACCGCCUCUCCCACAGGGCUCUCCGAACACCUUGUCCCCUCGGAGCUCCGAGUAAACCCAUCCCAGCUUCCCAUUCCCUCGCACACUCCCAGCCGGGAAGCCCCAGGCAGGUCUGCCGUGGCCAUUGGACCCUGUGCCCGCGGGCGCCACCCGGUGGUCAGCCUUGUUUCCUGCAGCACGCUCCCUGCUUGCCGCUCCUCCAGGCUGUAUGGGGGCUAUGAAGCUCUGAAGGGCGGCAGUGCCAUCGAGGCCAUGGAAGACUUCACCGGGGGUGUGGCUGAGACCUUCACAACGAAGGAGGCUCCACAGAAUCUCUACAAGAUCCUAGAGAACGCCUUGAAGAGGGGCUCUCUGUUGGGCUGCUCCAUUGAUGUCAGGAAUGCUGCAGAAUCUGAAGCCCGGACACCUUUUGGUCUCAUUAAGGGGCAUGCCUAUACAGUGACGGGAACUGACCAGGUAAACCUCCGAGGCCAGAAAAUGGGGCACAUCAGGGUCCGAAACCCUUGGGGCCAGAGCGAGUGGAACGGCUCCUGGAGCGACAGUUCUUCCGAGUGGUGUUCGGUCGGCCCAGCUGAGCAGAAGCGCCUGUGCCACACCACUCUGGAAGACGAUGGGGAAUUCUGGAUGGCAUUUAAGGACUUCAAAGCCCAUUUUGACAAAGUGGAGAUCUGCAACCUCACUCCUGAUGCCCUGGAGGAGGACACCCUGCAGAAGCGGGAGGUGACUGUCCACCAAGGAAGCUGGGUGCGGGGCUCCACGGCAGGGGGCUGCCGCAACUUCCUGGAUACCUUUUGGACCAACCCACAGAUAAAGCUGUCCCUGACCAAGAAAGAUGAGGGGCAGGAGGUAUGCACUUUCCUUGUCACCGUGAUGCAGAAAAAUCGGAAACUCAAGAGGUUUGGUGCCAACAUGCUGACCAUCGGCUAUGCCAUCUACUAGUGCCCGGGCAAAGACGAGCAUCUGAACAGAGACUUCUUCAGAUAUCAUGCUUCCCAGGCCCGAAGCAAAACAUUCAUCAACCUGAGAGAAGUCUCAGACCGGUUCAAGCUGCCCCCCAGGGAGUACAUCCUCAUCCCCAGCACGUUUGAGCCCCACCAGGAAGCUGACUUCUGCCUGAGGAUCUUUUCGGAGAAGAAAGCCUUCACGUGGGACAUGGAUGGAGAUGUCAACAUUGACCUUCCUGAGGACAUGGAGGUGACAGCAGUGGAACUGGAACAUAUUUUAAAUGCUGUGUUGCAAAACAAAAAGGACAUCAAAUUCAAGAAGCUAAGCCUGAUUUCCUGUAAAAACAUCAUUUCUUUAAUGGACAUCAGUGGCAAUGGAAAGCUCAGGUUUGGAGAAUUCCAGGUGUUCUGGGACAAACUGAAGCAGUGGACAUUCCUCUUCCUCCAGUUCGAUGCUGAGCGGUCGGGCACCAUGUCCUCCUAUGAGCUGCGGACUGCCCUGGGAGUCGCAGGCUUCCAACUGAGUGGUCACCUCCUGCAGCUGAUUGUCCUCAGGUAUGCGGACCAGGAGCUCCAGCUGGGCUUUGACGACUUCCUCAACUGCCUGGUCCGGCUGGAGAAUGCCAGGUGUGCCUACGACAAGUAA